AUGGAUGCUGAAUACCAGCCCAGUGACUUUGAGUCGGAGACCACGUCUUUGUCUUCCACUAUCUACAAGGGCGUUAUGGAAAAUGGUCGCCGAUACCAGACUCUGAGAGAGGGCGAGUAUUGGGGCCCUUCCGAUGAACAGCAGUUUGAGAGUUAUGAAGCAGGGCAUCUGGCCUGUGUGAUUCUUGACUCGAACGAAGCAAAUCCGCUCUUUCAGUCACCACAUGUUCUUGAUCUGGGAACUGGCCGUGGUAGUUGGGCCAUCGAUGUUGCCGAUAUUUUCCCAGAGGUAUGGCCGAUAGCAACGGUUCGUGGCGUCGACCUUUUUCCACCCCCCGUCAGUUGGCUGCCUCCAAACUGCAUCAUGGAGGUAGAUGACGUUCUGAAAGAGUGGACCUGGCGUCAGCCGUUUGACUUAAUUUAUCUUCGACAAAUGAUAGGGGCCUUCACAAUACCAGAGUGGGAAGCCAUCUUUAAGCAGUGCUACGAUAACUUGGUCCCUGGUGGCUGGAUCGAAUGUGUGGAAAGGGAUCCACGGAUCAGUUGUGAUGAUGGAAGUAUUACUGAAGGCAACAGCUCGCUAUUUUUUGGAAAGACUGCUUGCGAGGCAGCCGUAAACUGGGGUCGCCCGAUCACCCUCGUUCACAACUUGAAAGAUAUGAUGGAGAAGGCUGGCUUCGUCGAUAUCCAUGAGAAAGUGUACAAGUGGCCUAUCGGCCCCUGGCCUAAGGACCCCAUUUUGAAGGAGGCAGGUCGACUGCAUUAUCAUCAAUGGGCAACCGGCAUGGAGGGCUGGGCUAUGUAUCUUCUUACAAAAUAUGCUGUUCCCAAGCCAUGGUCAAAGGAGGAAGUUCAAGUCCUGAUGGCCAAAGUUCGGAAGGAGAUUCGAAACCCCCGGCACCAUAUCUACCAAACUGGAAAGAGGGUCUGGGGUCGCAAGCCCACUGCGGAAGAAGUAGCGAAGAAAAAUGCAGUCAAUGCGUCGACGGCAUCGCAGGGAAUAAAGCAGGAGACGACAAGUGAAGUUAAGGAAGAAAUUAAGUCUGAGUCCGAGAACCACCAUGACCUCGGAAACACUAUAAAAGAAGAGGCUUGA